AUCCUCCCGGGCCGGUUAGAGUUCGGUUGAGAAGGUGCUGGAUGGUGGGGGGAGUACCACUGAUGAGAGCGCGGCUGAAGGAAGGGAACGCUAAAGGAUUUAUACGUUUAUUCACUGGAAACUGACCAGAACCACCGGCGGCAGGUCGUAUUCAUCUCCCGCGUGCGGUGACCCAGAUUGCUGUACUUCUGGUUUCCCCGCAGCGAUGUCACAGAGGAGCGGGCAGGAUGACCCAGAGCGGUACCUCUUUGUGGACCGCGCCGUCGUCUACAACCCCGCAGCUCAGGCCGACUGGACCGCCAAGAGGCUGGUCUGGAUCCCAUCGGAGCGCAACGGAUUCGAAGCGGCGAGCAUCCGCGAAGAGCGCGGCGAUGAAGUGGUGGUGGAGCUGGCGGAAAACGGGAAGAAGGCGGUGGUCAACAAGGAUGACAUCCAGAAAAUGAAUCCCCCCAAGUUUACCAAGGUGGAAGACAUGGCUGAACUCACUUGCUUGAAUGAGGCGUCGGUGCUUCACAAUCUCAAAGACCGAUACUACUCAGGGCUCAUCUAUACAUACUCUGGCCUCUUCUGUGUGGUCAUUAAUCCCUACAAAAACCUGCCCAUCUACUCUGAGAACAUCAUAGAGAUGUAUCGAGGCAAAAAGAGGCAUGAAAUGCCGCCUCAUAUUUACGCCAUCUCGGAGUCUGCAUACAGAUGCAUGUUACAAGAUCGAGAGGACCAGUCCAUUCUUUGCACGGGCGAGUCAGGAGCCGGUAAGACGGAAAACACCAAGAAGGUCAUCCAGUACCUCGCACAUGUUGCUUCCUCCCACAAAGGAAGAAGAGACCACAACAUUCCUCCUGAAUCCCCCAAACCAGUGAAGCUACAGGCCCAAAAUGCAGUUAGUGGACCCCUGUUUUAUGGUGAACUGGAACGCCAGCUUCUUCAGGCCAACCCCAUCCUGGAGUCCUAUGGCAACGCAAAGACUGUGAAGAACGACAACUCGUCGCGUUUUGGGAAAUUCAUCCGGAUUAACUUUGAUGUUGCUGGAUACAUCGUGGGAGCCAACAUAGAAACCUACCUGUUGGAGAAAUCCAGAGCUAUCCGUCAAGCCAAAGAUGAGCGCACCUUCCACAUAUUUUACCAGCUGCUGGCAGGAGCUGGUGAGCACCUCAAAUCUGAUCUACUUUUGGAAGGAUUCAACAGCUACAGGUUCCUGUCGAACGGGAACAUCCCGAUUCCAGGCCAGCAGGACAAAGACAACUUCCAUGAAACCAUGGAAGCGAUGCACAUCAUGAGCUUCGCACACGAAGAGAUCCUGGCUAUGUUGAGGGUGGUUUCCUCAGUGCUGCAGUUUGGUAACAUCAUCUUCAAGAAGGAAAGGAACACCGAUCAAGCAUCCAUGCCUGAUAAUACCGCUGCUCAGAAGCUUUGUCAUCUGCUGGGGAUGAAUGUGAUGGAGUUCACCAGAGCCAUCCUGACGCCGAGAAUCAAAGUGGGAAGAGAUUAUGUCCAGAAAGCCCAGACCAAGGAACAGGCUGACUUUGCUGUGGAGGCCCUGGCUAAGGCAACCUAUGAGCGCCUGUUCCGCUGGUUGGUUCAUCGUAUCAACAAAGCUCUGGACAGAACCAAACGGCAGGGGGCCUCCUUCAUUGGUAUCUUGGACAUAGCUGGUUUCGAAAUAUUCCAGCUGAACUCCUUUGAGCAGCUCUGCAUCAACUACACCAACGAGAAGCUGCAGCAGCUCUUCAACCACACCAUGUUCAUCCUGGAGCAGGAGGAGUACCAGAGGGAGGGCAUCGAGUGGAGCUUCAUCGACUUCGGCUUGGACCUGCAGCCCUGCAUCGACCUCAUUGAGCGGCCGGCGAACCCUCCAGGAGUGCUGGCUCUGUUGGACGAGGAGUGCUGGUUCCCUAAGGCUACAGACAAGACCUUUGUGGACAAACUGAUCCAGGAGCAGGGAACGCACACAAAGUUCCAGAGACCCCGUCAGCUCAAAGACAAGGCCGACUUCUGCAUCAUCCACUACGCCGGCAGGGUUGACUACAAGGCAGAUGAGUGGCUGAUGAAGAACAUGGAUCCUCUCAAUGACAACGUGGCGACUCUUCUCCAUCAGUCAACAGACAAGUUUGUGGCAGAGCUUUGGAAAGAUGUGGACCGAAUUGUGGGCCUGGACCAGGUGGCCGGGAUGAACGAAACAGCAUUUGGUGCCACCUACAAAACCAAAAAGGGCAUGUUCCGUACAGUGGGGCAGCUCUACAAAGAGUCGCUCACCAAGCUGAUGGCAACACUGAGAAACACCAACCCCAACUUUGUCCGCUGCAUCAUCCCCAACCAUGAGAAAAGAGCUGGAAAACUUGAGCCUCACCUCGUUCUGGACCAGCUGAGGUGUAACGGAGUCUUGGAGGGAAUUCGGAUCUGCAGACAGGGCUUCCCAAACCGCAUCAUCUUCCAAGAGUUCAGGCAGAGAUAUGAGAUUCUUACACCCAACGCGAUCCCAAAGGGAUUCAUGGAUGGAAAACAAGCCUGUGAGAGAAUGAUUCAAGCCCUAGAACUGGACCCCAACCUGUUCCGUAUCGGUCAGAGUAAGAUCUUCUUCAGAGCUGGUGUUCUGGCCCAUCUGGAGGAGGAGAGAGAUCUGAAGAUCACCGACAUCAUCAUUUACUUCCAGUCCGUCUGCCGUGGAUACUUGGCUCGCAAAGCCUUUGCCAAGAAGCAGCAGCAGCUGAGUGCUCUGAAGGUCCUGCAGAGGAACUGUGCUGCUUACCUCAAGCUGAGACACUGGCAGUGGUGGAGGCUCUUCACCAAGGUGAAACCGCUGCUUCAGGUCACCCGGCAAGAGGAGGAGCUGCAGGCCAAAGACGAGGAGCUGGUGAAGGUGAAGGAGAGGCAGCUCAAGGUGGAGAACGAGCUGGUGGAGAUGGAAAGGAAACACCAGCAGCUCCUUGAGGAGAAGAACAUCCUAGCAGAGCAGCUCCACGCAGAGACAGAACUGUUCGCAGAGGCCGAAGAGAUGAGAGUCCGACUCCUCUCUCGGAAGCAAGAGCUCGAGGAGAUCCUCCACGACCUGGAAUCCAGGGUGGAGGAAGAGGAGGAGAGGAACCAGAACCUGCAGAACGAGAAGAAGAAGAUGCAGUCCCACAUCCAGGAUUUGGAGGAGCAGCUAGAUGAGGAGGAAGCUGCAAGACAGAAGCUGCAGCUGGAUAAGGUGACGGCCGAGGCAAAGAUCAAGAAGAUGGAGGAGGACAUCCUGCUGCUGGAAGACCAAAACUCAAAGUUCCUCAAGGAGAAAAAACUGCUGGACGACAGGAUUGCUGAGAUGAGCUCGCAGCUAGCGGAGGAAGAGGAGAAGGCGAAGAAUCUUAGCAAAGUCAAAAACAAGCAGGAGAUGAUGAUGGUUGAUCUUGAGGAGCGUCUAAAGAAGGAGGAAAAAACGCGACAGGAGCUGGAAAAGGCCAAACGCAAACUGGAUGCUGAGACCACCGACCUGCAGGAUCAGAUCGCCGAGCUGCAGGCACAGAUCGAGGAGCUGAAGAUGCAGCUGGCCAAAAAGGAGGAGGAGCUACAGGCUCUGCUGGCCAGGAGCGACGAGGAAGCGGCACAGAAGAACAACGCCUUGAAGCAGGUGAGGGAGCUGCAGGCACAGCUGGCUGAGCUACAGGAGGACCUGGAGUCGGAGAGGAUUUGUCGAAGCAAAGCUGAGAAGCUGAAGAGGGAUCUGAGUGAGGAGCUGGAGGCUCUGAAGACGGAGCUGGAGGACACCCUGGACACCACCGCUGCCCAGCAGGAACUCAGGUCAAAGCGAGAGCAGGAGGUGGCAGAGCUGAAGAAAGCCAUCGAAGAAGAGUCCAAAAACCAUGAAGCUCAGGUCCAGGACAUGAGGCAGCGGCACGCCCAGGUCCUGGAGGAACUGUCUGACCAGCUGGAGCAGGCCAGGAGGUUCAAAGCCAACCUGGAGAAGAACAAGCAGUGUCUGGAGAGCGACAACAAGGAGCUGGCCUGCGAAGUGAAGAGCCUCCAGCAGACGAAGACGGAGUCGGAGUACAAGCGAAAGAAAGUGGAGGCGCAGCUGCAGGAGUUUAUGGCCAGAGCCACUGAGAUGGAGCGCGCCAAAGGAGAGCUGAGCGAGCGCUCCCUUAGACUGCAGACGGAGCUGGACAACGCUUCCUGCUUACUGGAGGAGGCCGAGAAAAAGAGCGUCAAGCUGGCGAAAGAAGUGGAGACUCUGAACGGCAAACUGCAGGACUCUGAGGAGUUGCUGCAAGAAGAAACUCGUCAGAAGCUCAACCUGAGCGGCCAGAUCCGUCAACUGGAGGCAGACAAGAACAACUUGCUGGAGCAGCAGGAGGAGGACGAGGAAGCUCGACGCGGUCUGGAGAAACAGCUGCAGACGGUUCAGGCUCAGCUGUUCGAGACCAAGAAAAAGCUGGAUGAGGAUGUGGGAGUCAUCGAAGGUCUGGAGGAGGCCAAGAAGAAACUCCAGAAGGACAUGGAGCUCAGCAACCAGCGUCUGGAGGAGAAAAGCAUGGCCUUGGACAAGAUGGAGAAGACCAAGAACAGACUGCAGCAAGAGCUGGACGACCAGAUGGUGGAUCUGGACCACCAGAGGCAGAUCGUCUCCAACCUGGAGAAGAAGCAGAAGAAGUUUGACCAGAUGCUGGCUGAGGAGAAGACCAUCUCUGCUCGCUAUGCUGAGGAGCGCGACCGGGCCGAGGCGGAGGCCCGAGAGAAGGAAACCAAGGCUCUGUCUUUGGCCAAAGCUCUGGAGGAGGCCUUAGAGGCCAAAGAGGAGCUGGAGAGGUUUAACAAGCAGCUCCGCACUGAAAUGGAGGAUCUGAUGAGCUCCAAAGACGACGUGGGAAAGAAUGUCCAUGAACUGGAAAAGUCCAAGCGAACCCUGGAGCAACAGGUGGCGGAGAUGAGAACGCAGCUGGAGGAGCUGGAGGACGAGCUGCAGGCCACGGAGGACGCUAAGCUACGUCUGGAGGUCAACAUGCAGGCCAUGAAGGCCCAGUUCGAUCGAGACCUGCAGUCUAAGGACGAGCAGGGAGAGGAGAUGAAGAGAGCGCUGGUGAAACAGGUGCGAGAGAUGGAGGCUGAACUGGAGGAUGAGAGGAAGCAGAGAUCUGUGGCUGUCGCUGCCAAGAAGAAGCUGGAGGUGGACCUGAACGAGCUGGAGGGUCAGAUUGAAGCUGCCAACAAAGGCAGGGAUGAAGCCAUCAAACAGCUGAAAAAGCUGCAGGCUCAGAUGAAGGAUUAUCAGCGAGAGCUGGAGGAGGCCAGAGCGGCCAGAGACGAGAUCUUCACUCUGUCCAAAGAGAAUGAGAAGAAGUUCAAGAACUUGGAAGCUGAGAUCUUACAGCUUCACGAGGACUUUGCAGCUUCAGAGAGAGCACGGCGACAUGCUGGGCAGGAGAGGGACGAGCUCGCCGAUGAGAUCUCCAACAGCGCUGCUGGAAAGUCAUCACUGAUGGAGGAGAAGCGGAGGCUCGAGGCCCGAAUCGCCCAGCUGGAGGAGGAGCUGGAGGAGGAGCAGGGAAACAUGGAGCUCCUGAACGACCGCUUCAGAAAGAGCAGCACGCAGGUGGACACCCUGAACGCCGAGCUGGCUGCUGAACGCAGCUCAGUGCAGAAGAGUGAGAACGCUCGGCAGCAAAUGGAGCGACAGAACAAGGAGCUAAAAGCUAAGCUGGCCGAACUAGAAGGAGCUGUAAAGUCAAAGUUUAAGGCGUCCAUCGCUGCUCUGGAGGCCAAGAUCCUGCAGCUGGAGGAGCAGCUGGAGCAGGAAGCCAAGGAGAGAGCGGCCGCCAACAAAGUCGUCAGACGUACCGAGAAGAAGCUGAAGGAAGUGAUGAUGCAGGUGGAGGACGAACGUCGUCACGCCGACCAGUUUAAGGAACAGAUGGAGAAGGCCAACUCUCGUAUGAAGCAGCUGAAGCGUCAGCUGGAGGAGGCCGAAGAGGAGGCCACAAGAGCCAACGCCUCCCGCAGGAAGCUGCAGAGGGAGCUGGACGACGCCACGGAGGCCAGCGAAGGUCUCACCAGAGAGGUCAACUCCUUAAAGAACCGCCUCAGGCGUGGCGGCCCCGUCGGCAGCUUCUCCUCCAACCGUUCCGGACGCCGCAAUCUCAACCUGGACGGCGCUUCAGGAGACAUGUCUGAUGACGACGCUGACAGCCGUGCCAACGACUUCAACGACACGCAGACUUUCAACGCCGAGUAA